CCAUCAUGCCGAAGGAGGAGUGUAAGUUACCUUCAGGCUGUAAACAUAAAGAGCGUAAGCCGAAGAAGCCGCACUACAUCCCGCGUCCCUUCGGCAAACCUUACAACUACAAGUGUUUCCAGUGUCCCUUCACCUGCAUGGAGAAAUCCCACCUGUACAACCACAUGAAGUACAGCCUGUGUAAGAACUCGCUCUCGCUGCUCAUCGAGUCUGACUGGCCCUAUAAGAAAGGGAACCUGCUCCCGUCCGACCAGCUCCGCCUGCAGCAGGGCAUUGUGGGAAGUCGUGGUUCGGAGCAGGAGCCGGAGCAGGUGGAGCAGAAGGGAGGAGACGACCUGCAGCUCAGCUUCACCGAUGAACAGGAGAUGGAAAAAGGCGCAGAAGCUCAAACGGAGACGAAUGGGACAGCCAAUCAGAGCUCAGAACAGACAGAGGUGUCUCCGAGGGGCGGGGCCAAGCAGGAAGCUGAGCUUAUCAUGGCGGAUGUGUUCUCCCUGGAGGAGCAGCUGUUAAGAGCGCGCUCAGUAGAUGUCGAAUCAAAGCUGCGUCACUACCGUCUCUCAAAAACGCGCUUGCUCCUGUCCGAGUCAUUGCCCUGUUACCCACCCACAUUACCCCCUGGGCACCUCAACUGUCCUGAUGCCCCGCCCCUUAACCUUUCUCUGCUUGGGGUUGGCUACCCUUUGACCUCUGACCUCUUUUCUUAUCUUAACCCCGGCCUUGGCGCGGCAACAACGUCUAAUCCAGCGCAGGUCGGCUCUUUGCCUUUUCUAACUUCAGCAGCUCAGCUCACACACACUCACACACACUCUGACCGCUCAGUACUGCCCCCACGCUUCUAUUACCCCUUCCUGUGUGAGCACACAGCACCAUCAGACUCCAACAAAGCCAUUAAACCCACCGCCAUUACCCCCAAACUCAACCUGUGGAAGUUUCCGACACUCCGGCCUGCAGGCUCGGCUGAAGCCUGGAGCUCACCUGGCAGCUUGAGCCCAGAGACGGGGCCUGGCACUGGGGAGAGGAUUCAGAGCCGAUGGGGGGUGGAGCAAAGUGUGAAAAGGGCAGCGGCUUCUCUGGACUCCCAUAAUGCACCUGCAGAGAAAAAGGCAGCGCCAUCGUUCCUGCUCAAUCAGGCCACACCCAUUUCUAUUGACAGACUCCUCCUACAGAACAGGUGUCUCAACAGUCGGACCGGAUUGGACGAGCGUUGCUCAGACAUGAGAGGCUCCGCCCACUACUCAGAGGCGGGUGAAGAGAAGGAUAGAAGCACAGAUGGAGAGACGAAUGGAGGGAUGGAUGGAGAGGUAGUGUGUGAUCUUUCUUCAGCACUACAGGAGCUCCAGCGUGCGGAGCAAGAGGCGGAGCUACACCCUGAACACGCCCAGUCUCACCACAUGUGGGCACAAAAGAUCCGCAAAAUCCGCCUGGAGCUGUCUCACAUCCAGCAGGCGCUGCAAAGGACCUCACAAGGACCCCUUGACCUGUCCGUCAAAAAGGAGCCCGUCGCCAUGACGACCAAGCCUCCGGGUGAAAAGCAUGAACUGACACAGCAUUCAGGACAGAGCCAGGAUAUGAGUUCUGAGACAGGAGAAGAAGAGGAAGACGAAGAGGAAACAGAGACAGAGGACGAUUGGAAGAAACGUUCUCUCGACAUCCUGAUCAGGAUGGGCCAGUCCCAGGGCAUUUCUAUGGUGACCCCAGGUGCCACCAUGGUAAAGUCAGAGCCGUUGCUGAGCGAAGCAGAGGCGCUGUGGAACAGCCGGACCAGGAAGUGUGAAGCUGACUCCAGUGUUCGGGUGUGUUCUAAAACCCCAAACUGCCCCUCAAGCCCAAUAACUGCUCCUGCAGUACAAUAACUGCCCUGUUCAUUAAAUAACUAUCUUCUAACUCUAACUGCCCCAUAACUGAAAUAACUGCCCCUUCAAUCCAGUAACUGCCCCUGAAACUCCAAUAACUACCCCUGUAACUUCCAUAACUGACUCUUUUCAACUAAUAACUGCUUCUGUAACUCCAAUACCUGCCUCUUUUCAUCCAGUAGCUGCCCCAUAACUUCAAUAACUACCCCUCUAACUUUUAUAACUGACUCUUUUCAUCCAAUAGCUGCCUCUGUAACUCCAAUACCUGCCUCUUUUCAUCCAGUAGCUGCCCCAUAACUUCAAUAACUACUCCUGUAACUUCCAUAACUGACUCUUUUAAUCCAAUAACUUCCCCUGUAAUUCCAAUACCUGCCUCUUCUGUGUAAUAACUGCCCCUGUAACUCUCGUAACUGCUCUCUAAACUCCAAUAACUGCACAAUAACUCCAAAACCUGCCCCUUUUGUCCAAUAAUUUCUCCUUUGAUCCAAUA